ACAACUCUCAACUCACCGCCAGCGGAGCGAUCCACGGCUCAUCGUGCCAGUUUUAUGGUGCUGUUUUGAACCGCCAAGAUGAGAAGUAGAAACGAAUAGUCGUUUUGCAGUUUCCCCGCGUUACUGUCAUUUUUCUUUUACGUUUCUAUCGGUAAUAUAUUUUCUCUUGCGAUGCACGCGUUCAGCUCAGAUUGGAACGCCAAAACUACCGGUCUUGCAUAUUUACCUAUUGGGAUUUAUUAGAUUUUUCACUCUGCUGUCUAUCUCUUUAUUGCAUAGGGAUACAGUUUUGCCUGUAUUAGUACAUGGAAUUGUGUGUUUAGAUCAUCAUCAGAAGUUUCUGUAAUUCCCAGACUCCAUUUACUCAAAACCCAGGUUUUUUCACAAUUAGCAUUUUAAUUGAUAUGAGGUUGGUCAAAUGAUCAUCAUGUCUAGGAAACCAGACUUAUAUCCCUCACGUUGUGGCAUAUUGGAGUUUCUUUGACUUGGUGGAAAUUGGAAUGGAAAAGAAAAGAAUGGAUGACUAUGAACCAGGGCCACUUCCUUCACCGAAACAAUUGGACCGAUUUGGCUUUGUAAAGCAAGAUCUUGGUAAUUCUCCUGAAGGAUUAACAAAGGGCAGGUCAGCAUAUGAAUUUGAGAGGGAGGAAAGAAGAGUAAGGAAAUGGAGGAAGAUGAUUGGAGUCGGAGGAAGUGAUUGGAAACAUUAUGUUAGGAGGAAACCUCAUGUGGUUAAGAGACGAAUAAGAAAGGGAAUUCCAGAUUGUUUAAGGGGCCUUGUUUGGCAAUUGAUCUCUGGCAGUCGAGACCUUUUGCUGAUGAAUCCUGGGGUUUAUGAGCAAUUAGUCAUAUAUGAGACAUCAGCAUCAGAGCUGGAUAUAAUUCGAGAUAUUUCUCGCACCUUCCCUUCACAUGUUUUCUUCCAGCAGAGACACGGACCUGGUCAGAGGUCCCUCUACAAUGUUUUGAAGGCCUACUCAGUCUUUGAUAGAGAAGUUGGAUAUGUUCAGGGAAUGGGCUUUUUAGCUGGUUUAUUGCUUCUCUAUAUGAGUGAAGAGGACGCAUUUUGGUUGUUGGUUGCUUUACUGAAAGGAGCCGUACAUGCUCCAAUGCAAGGCUUAUAUCAGGUGGGUCUGCCUCUUGUACAACAGUACCUUUUUCAGUUUGAUCACUUGGUGAAAGAGCAUAUGCCAAAGCUGGGAGAGCAUUUCAUCCAAGAAAUGGUAAAUCCUAGCAUGUAUGCAAGUCAGUGGUUUAUAACUAUUUUCUCAUACUCUUUCCCAUUCAACUUGGCUCUUCGAAUUUGGGAUGUUUUUCUGUAUGAGGGUGUUAAAAUUGUUUUUAAAGUGGGUUUGGCUCUGUUGAAAUAUUGCCAUGAUGACCUGGUAAAAUUACCCUUUGAGAAACUCAUACAUGCUUUGCGUAACUUUCCCGAGGAUGCAAUGGAUCCAGAUACGUUAUUGCCCAUGGCUUACUCAUUUAAGAUCUCCAAGCGAUUGGAAGAAUUGCAACAGGAGUAUGACAAGAAGAAUGGGAAGGUAGUUCAGCCUCUGGAAUCUAGUGGGAUUCAGAAACAGUAGCAACGAAGAAUUUUGUCUAAUCUAGAGGAGCCUUGCGUUACUUAACCUGAAUGAUCUAAUUCUUUUGUUCUUGUGUUAAUGCAGCUACAUCUUAAAUGACUGCUCAUAGUAUCAAAGUUUUUCCAAUCAUGGACGACUGCUCAUAGUUGAAAAAGUCUAUCAAAUCAUAUGUUGUAAAUAAAAUCUUUUAUCAGCAAAAGUAGGGUGACUACAAUGGUCAUAUCUGGUCAUCACCUAUUAGCUGUAAAUGUAAGACGAUGCAAAUUGAGGUAUGGUGCAGCAGGCUUCCCUCCUCGCCUCUUGUUAGAGCCUGUUUGGGAUUAUGAUUUCCAAACCUGCUUUUUAGAAAAAUGCUAUUUU